UUUUUUAAAAUAAAAUUGAUGGGUAGAGGAAAUUCGUAGGGGGUUCGAGUUAUGUGUUAGAGGUAGUAGAGGUUCGUAGUUCGUAUCGUUCGUAGAGGUUCGUAGAGAGUUCGUAGAAAGAGUUCGUAGAGAGAGUAGAGGUUAGAGGUAGAGGAAAUUCGAAAAUUGUUAGUCCGCAGUUUGUCCUUUUACUCUACUCUUAGGCGCUGAUUUAGGAAUUUAAAAAGCCCGGGACACGGUAUGGAAAUGGAAGAAAAUCUACAUUGUAGACCUUAAACUUAGCCCUAAGCUUGUUUUAAAUAUUUUAAAUAUAAAUUAAGACGACCUCAUGCUCCAAUGCAAGAUAGUUCGUGGACCUUACUGUUCGAUUUGUACAAAUCCUUCAAUAAACGAAUUAUGUAUUAAUGAAUGCUUAGAAUGUGAAUAUAACAAAGAAUAUACUAAUAAUUUAAUUAAAAUUAAUGAGGUUAAUCCAGCUGAAGAAUUUGAAGAUUUGGAGGAAAUAAAUGGAGAAUCGAGUGAUUAUGAUAAAAGUAAAAUAAAUUUUUUUGAGAAAAUUUUUGCCUGUGAUGCUGAGAAUAAUUUUUGGGGACGUUGA